AUGCCCGGCCUAACCCCCGACCAACUCUCCACCUUCAACACCACCGGCUACCUCAUAAUCCCAGACUACCUCACCCCCGCCGAAAUCUCCGCCUGCCUAACCGAAACCAACCACCUCCUGACAACCUUCCCACUAGACACCCACCCCCUCACCCAAUUCACCACCGGCGACACCUCACCCACAGACAAACACGUCGGCGACACCUACUUCCUCGAAAGCGGAGACAAAGUCCGCUUCUUCUUCGAACCCUCCGCCAUCAACCCAGCCACCUCGACCCUGCUCAAGCCGAAACACCUAGCCGUGAACAAAAUCGGCCAUAGUCUGCACACGCUCUCCGAACCCUUCAAAUCCAUUACGCUUUCCCAACGCAACGCAGAUAUCGCCCGAUCCCUGGGAUUCAAAGACCCAAGGGUGCUGCAAAGCAUGGUGAUUUGCAAGCAGCCCGGGAUUGGAGGGGCGGUGCCCCCGCACCGUGAUAGCGAGUUUCUGUACACGGAUCCGCCGAGUGCGGUUGGGUGGUGGAUUGCGUUGCAGGAUGCGGGGAAGGGGAAUGCGAGUUUGGGGAUGGUGAGGGGGAGUCAUCGGCGGGGGG